AUGGCUUCAAAUCCUCCAAGUGCGUGCUGUGUGGAACGUUCACUUCACGAAGGUGAAGCAAAGGGAACCCAUGUAGAUAUUUUUGGACUCCCCACCUAUCAAGUAGGUCAGGAAAAUGGUAACGAUAGAAUUUUGAUUAUUGUUUCCGAUAUUCACGGUUUUAAGUUCAAAAAUACUCUUUUACUUGCAGACCAUUUCGCUAAGGCUGGUUACCAUGUUUUACUCCCUGAUAUCUUAAAUGGAGACCCUGUAGGAGAAACCGAUUUACCUACCUGGUUGAAGAGCCACACUCCAGAAAUCACCUCCCCAAUUGUUGAGGGGUUCGUUACCAAGGUAAAAACCGAAUACAAGCCAAAGGCAUUGGUUGGUGUAGGCUACUGUUUUGGUGCAAAGUACCUCGUUAGAUUAAUGACCGAAGAAAAACCAUUUUUCGACUCUGGUGCUAUCGCUCACCCUUCAUUUGUCUCAAUUGACGAAGUCAAGGCCAUCGCCAAACCAAUUUUAAUUUCAGCUGCUGAAAUCGACCAAAUUUUCACCGUUGAAUUAAGACACGAGACUGAAAAAGUCUUGACCGAAGGUAAGAAGACAUUCCAAAUCGACUUGUUCAGCGGUGUUGCUCAUGGGUUCACCUCAAGAGGAGAUAUUUCCGUUCCUCAUAUUAAAUAUGCCAAAGAAAAGGCAUUCCAAGAUCAAGUUACUUGGUUCCAACAAGUCUAG